AUGACAAGUUUUGCACAAAAUGAUAAUAAAAAAAGAGAUGCAGCUGUUACCAGCGAAGUAAUUAACACAUCUUCAAUUACAACUAAACCAACCAAAACUCCUCGAAAAACACAAGUUCAAACAACCCCAACAACCCCAACAACUCCAAAAACUCCAACAACCCCAACAACUCCAAAAUCAACAACUAUAAGUAGUGGUAAUGACAAAGGUGAUAAUAGUGACAACGCUACUCCAAAAAAUUCCAUAUAUCAAAUAAGUCCAAUAGCCAUAAUAAUAAUGGUUUCAAUAGUUGUGCUGGUAUUUCUUAUAAUAGGUAUUUUACUAUAUCGUAAAUAUUUAUAUUAUAGGAAAUUGAGAAAAAUGAAUGAAACGAUACAACCUAAAACUAUCACAUCACCUUUACGUAACAAUCAUCAUCGAUUAAGUAUUGGUAAUGGUAAUAAUAACAACAAUAGUGGGGGAAUUGCUUAUAAUGAAAAAUCUAUUGAACCAGUCAACAAACUUCCAAAUAGACCACCUGUAAUUGAAUUAAAUAGAAUAUCCUCUUUCGCAUUGAAAAUAGAUUACACCAAAUACUACAAGGUUGCCGAAGGCAAAACGGUAUUUUCUCUCAAGGUUCCUAAAGAAGUGGUUGAUAAUUGGUUCGGAGAAGAGCGUCGUGCUCGUUCACUCUUUAUAUGUCUGGACAUUUCAGGCUCCAUGGAUGGUGCAAUAGAUCAAGCAAAAGAGGCUAUUUUACAAAUUAUAGAAGGACUGGUCAAAAAAGGUGUUUUUACUGAAAAAAAUAUUACAUGUUUCUUCUUUAAUGAUGAGUGUCUGGAGACAAGAUUCCGUGAUAAUCCAAAUUUUCUCUUGUCAAAUGGCGAGAUAAGAAAAUAUUUUGAUGAAGAAAUACAAGCUGAUGGAGGUACAAGUUUUCCCUCUGUCUUUGAAUCAAUCACAAAAAGUCUUAAAAGAAUUGAAAAUGAUUUAGCCAUCGUCUUCUUCACCGACGGUCAAAAUAAUUGCGAUGGUCUCGAAGACGCAAAAACUAAAUUGGCAGAUGCUUUGAAAAAAACCACAUAUACUACCGAGAUUCAUUCCGUAGGGUUCACAGAAAACCAUGAUGCAAGCAAACAAGGCAACUUUAUAUAUGUUAAAUCUUCUGAUGAGAUUAUAAGUAAAAUGAAAACAACAACAGAAUUGUUAGAAUUAGAAAGCAGAUCUUUUUAUGCCAAAUUUGAUGACAAAGAAUUGCUUCUAGCAGAUCUUGAUGAAGACGGCACCGCAACACUUGUACUCCCUCGUGAUGCUUCCAGCAUGAAAGAUAAAAAAGUCACAAUCUUUCCAGAUUUAAAAUGUCAAGAAAAAUGCGAGCUAGAAUCCCAACCAGUCCAUGUUGAUGAUCCACUAGCAGCCAAAUUAACGAUCACCUACAUUCGACGUGUGAUUAUUCGUCUAAUGAAUGAAAUUUCUAAUUUGGAUGAGAAUGCAAUCGACGAACAAGAUAUAUUCUAUCAAAAUUUGGUUGAAGCAGAUCAAUUGGCAGAACAAUUGAACGUUGUUUCGCAAACGGCUUCUCAAAACACUAUCCGGGAUAUCAGAUCUGCAAAAUCUGCAAUUUAUAAGUUCAAAGAACUCUUGUCUGAGGGCCAAAAAGGAAAUUUGUCAAACGAAAAAAUAGCCACGUUUAACGAUUUGAUAUACGGACAAAACAAAAAGUUAAAUGAUAAGAAAGCGGGUUCAAAUCGGUAUAUUCAAGAUAUUGCGAGCUUUAUUGAUGACAAAAGAUUUCGUGAUGUAACCAUCAAGGUUGGACCAAAGUAUAAAAUAUUUAAAGCGCACUCUCUUGUCCUUUGUGCAUGUUCAUCUUAUUUUUAUAAAGAAUUAUCAAGCAAUGGAAUAGAUAUUGAUAAACACGUGGUAGUGAUUCCUGACAUUACAGCAAAGGAUUUUGAAGUUUUGCUCAAAUAUAUUUAUGAUGGUUGUGAUUCUUUGGAUUAUGAAUCUUCCGCAGAGGUAUUUAAUCUUUUGCUCGCAGCCAUAAAACUUGACCUUGACGAAGUCAUUGAUUACUUACAAUUACAACUCACAAAGUAUCACCGUGGAUGGUUACGUAAAAACCUUAAAUCGAUUUGUGAUGCAUGUAAAGAAUAUAAAGUUUUAGAAAUUCUAAAUAAAUAUUGCACCGAUGAUAUCAUUGAAAAGAAUUUGGAAAUGUUUUCAUCUAAUAAUUUUGACAAGCUUGAUAAGCUAGCUUUGAUGGAACUUCUUCAAUCCGAAAAACUUAAAAUGGAUGAACUUGAGAUUUGGAAUAAAGUUAUCAAAUGGAGUUUGUCCAAACAACCUUUGAUAAAUACAAAUCCUAAAAAUUGGACUACUAAAGAAGCUAAAGAAUUGUCUGCAAGCUUAAAAGAUAUUUUUCCACUGGUUCGGUUUUUCCAAAUUUCUAAAGAUCAACUUUUCAGUAAUGUAUUAUAUCCUUACAAGAAGAUCCUUCCAGUAGAGUUGUACGAUGACUUGGUCUUUUACAACACAAUCACUGGAUAUAAGUCAACAUCAAUGAUUUUACCUCCUAGACAUUGA